UAAUCUGAUCUACCAGUUAUAUACAUAUAUCAGCAUAAAGUGUUUAUAGAUCAUCAUGAGGAAUCAGUUCACAGUGGAAUAAGAGCGGAAUGCCAAAGUUAUAGAAUACCCUCACCACAGCACGAGCCCACCAAUCCAUGUACUUGCGCGAGCAAAGUACACGGUGAUUGUCAAGGCUUGUUUUCUAUUCCUGCACUAGACUGCAUUGGAACGUUCCUUCUUGCUUUCGCUAACUUUCAAACAUCUAUCUAUUUCAUUUUAAGUGUACACUAAUUCAGGGAGUUCAGGAGUAGAAAACAAACGGUUAGACUCGUGCUGUGGUGAGGGUAUUCUGUUAAGGAAGGAAUAUGAUAUUAGUGUUUGUGAAAGUACGUGUGAAGGAAUGUAAAGAUUAGAGGGGCUAAAUUUAAAGAGACUCUACGGUAUUUCUCGUUUAAUUGCUGGGUUCGCAGCAAUCACGGAGGUCAAGCAACGUUCACCGGAGUGGCGACUUAGAUGGGUGACCGCUUGAAAAUUUUUGAAAAAAAAUUCCUAAGAAAUAAAUUUUUUUGCAAAAAUUGUUUUUGAAAAUAUUACAAAAAUUAAUGUUGUUUUGCUCACGUAGAUUUCAUUUGAAUGAUUCACGUGAAAAAAAGUGCAAUGAGUUAUAUUUAAUUAGAGAUACAGGAAACGGAUUUAAUGUGUUCAGUUUCUAUAAAAUUCAAUACCUUUUUCGCGGAUUUAGAAAUCAUUUAUCGUUUACUGAGCUGCGUCCAUAAUGACGUCAUUGGUGUAUUACGUACACAUCAGCGGUAAAAUCCGAAUGAAUACCUAUGGUUUGUGUCCCUUUUAGAUGGAAAGCUAUGAGUAAACUUAAUUUCGAAGGGAGUCCACCUUUGAGAUUAAUUUUUUAUAGCUUUUUUUCAAAGGUAAACUAACUUUGAUUAAUUUGUUCAUAACUUAAUUAUUUUCUUCUGAGAGAAACACGAAAUGCACGUAAAAAUCGUUGUUAUCAAUCGAGAGAUAUUAUAUUACCGAUGGAACCGAUAGAGUUACUGUAUUACCGAUAGCGUAUUGUUAUUAGUUCGUAAAAUGUCUCACCAAACUUCAUGGUGUGCAAAUGCUUAUGUCAUUCUCUUUAAAAAUUCUCUUGUCUAAUUCUAUUCAUUCUAUUUAGUUGUAAAUACUGUGAAAAUAAAUAAUGUUUAACCGCAAAAUGUAUAUAUCCAAGUACCUUCACAGCAAUGUUAUUUGAAAAAUUGAAUAUAUUUUAAAUUAGGAUACAAUUUAUUUGUAAAUAUAUAUCAGAAAUAUGACUGGAUUACUUGCAUUCUGCAUAAUUUUUUUAAUCCUUUAUUGUUUUUUUACCCGAGUGGUACCAAGACUAUUGGCAUGGAUAGUGAAACGUCGGUACAAAAUUCAUUUACAAGUAGGCCAUAUAUCUGUCCCUUAUUUUAUCUUCCGUGAUGUCAAUGUAACUAAAAAUGGAUUUACAUUGCAAAUUGAAGAGAUAAGCAUACGCAGCAGUUUACUUAGUAGUGACGUAGCAAAACUGUUGGCUGUUGUUAUGAGAGAUGUCAGAAUAAAUAAGGAUGUUCCGACAAUUGGUCCAACGUGUAAAAUAAAGCAGUCCAAUGAAUUAUUAGAUUUUAGAAAUAAGAAAAUACCACCGAUCAUAAUAAAGUGUGUCCAGUUUACAGCUGUACAUGUAGAGAACAUAAGCAUACUAGCUCUUGGCAAUGGCUGGUUGGCUAACGGAAAUGCAGAAAGUCUGAGCUUGGAUGGCAGUAUUGUACAUGGUGCACGAACGUUAUUAGCAUCUGCCUCUAUUGUUGGUGGAACUAUGAAACUACUACGACAUGCUUCCGAUGCAUGUCUCUCUCAAAUAACGUUUGCUGGAACAGUAGAAGCCACAUUUAAAGCUCAAGGAGAACUCUCGGUCGAGACAUUAUGUAUCGGAGUGACGCAAACUGAAGGAUCUGGCGGUGCAGGUCUCAUUCAAUUCUUGAGAGAUAGAAGUUCGCCAAGUACUACAGCUUGUACAUGCACCGAAGCAGCACAUGACGACUCCUCCAAUAACUUAAUGACUAGAAUAGCGCCUAUUUUGCCGAAAGAUUUUACAUUGAAAGUCGGCAAUUCGUUGAUAAUAGCUGGUAGAGAGGAUAGUAGUAUGGUAGGUUUGGAGGGUACCUUAAGAAGUCUUCAAGUCCAUGCAAAAUUUCAAGCUAAUAAGACGCGUUUAAAUUUUACCGUUGGCCUAGACGGUUUGUGCGUCCGCGGAAAGCUUCCUAUUUUAACUCUACAUUCAUUGUCGAUUGAUACAAAGAUGGAGGAAAAUCUUUUGUGCGUUGACGUACAACUGAAUAAUCUUUCAAUGAUGUAUGAUCAUAGAGACUGGGAAUUGUUGCUGUAUAAUAAUGAAAAUGACAUUUCACAACCUGUUGGCAACAUAUCGUUGAAAGAUAGAUUACCAAAUUUUGAAAUAACAUUAAAUACUGAGCUGUAUGACUCUUCCUUAAAUAUCAAAUUACCAGAUGUGCAAGAAGCAUCGUGUGGUGUCGCACAUAUGAAAUUUGCUUUGAAUUCACAGACAGACAAAACAAAAAAUCUAAAUACAGAAUUGGUCGUUGAAUCUUUAUAUUGUGCAUUAAAUGGCACCAAUAGCAAUAUCUCUGAAACCUCUCAUCAAUGGGGCAGCCCACUUUCCAUUGGCGUGCUUUUAGCGACAACUCGUAGCAACGCCAUAGGAAUCGCAGUUGACGCUCUCAUAACCGAGUGGAGUUUAGAGUUAGCGAGAUUUCUCGAGCAAGCUUACAAGUGCUACAAAAAGUAUCGGCAACCAAUAAUGAAAAAAAAGGAUACGAUAUCAAGCAAUUCCAUCCAAUUGAAUCUUAAAGUAACAAACUGCAAUCUAUUUUUCAUCGCAGAAAACGAACUAUCUAUAAUGAUGCGUUUGGAUGUCGCGACUGUGGAACAAAACUCAAAGCGAUUCGUAGGCGUGGCGGAAGGCAUGAGCGCGAUAACUCUUAAUAAGAACGAGCCGAUCAUGUGCCAACAUGCGCAAACAUUAACGCAUCCGUUUCUGGCAGUACGAAAGUGCAAAGCUGCGAUUACUUCUGACGCCGUCAACAUUAGUCUCGACGGUACUAAUCUAGCAUGGAGUCCUAAUUUACAUCUACGUUUAUUGCAAUUUUGGGUGGAGUCUGCAGAUUUUCGAUCUAUCAUCAGAAAAGAAAUGAGCGCGACUCGUAUCGAAGAAGUACAAAAGAAGAAACGCGUUUUGGAUUUAUUAGCGACUGGUGGGAUCACCGUCUCUAUAGAUAUUUCUACUAAACAUUUCUUGAUCCUGGCGUCUGACCAGCUGCGCUGGUCACAUGGCGAAUGGAGACUCACCUACGUUCGAGUUACCUUAGACAUGGCUGAUGUAAUUAUGAUCGAGGGUUUCGAAUUGAUUAGAAUAGCCGAUAACGCGGAAGUGCGAGCGGAGAGGCAAAGUAACGAAGGCUUCGUAUUGGAUUGGAACGAGUGCUGGGCGCUAAACAUCGAUUCCAUGAAAAUUUCUUUUCCAUACGAGCAUCAAUUUACGAACGCGAUACAAAAUGAGUUGCUCAGCAUCAGAAAAUGGCUGAAGGAAAUUCAUUCGUCGAGCUUACGAGAUAAAAGGGAAUCCCUGCCUUCCGAUUUGAUGAUCAAAAUAAAGGAGUGGACGUUCGAGCUGAGCGACGAUCCGUUCGAGGUACGUCUGCGCGACAAUUACGAGCUGCUGGAGGACGAGUACAAGGAGAGUUUGAAGCGGCAGGCGAUGCUGGAUGCCAAGGUGCAGGAACUUUGCCGCGCGCACUUACUGCUACCGCAAGGAAAGGUCGAGGAAUUAUACGCGAGCUUAAAUAAGAAAAACGCGGAGAUCUACGUGCAGAGGUGGAAGCAGAUGCAACGGGCGGGACCGGCGAGGACUCGAUUGUUCGCGUGGACCAUGUUAGACCUGGAGAUAUUGGCCCUGGCCGAUCCAUCGAUAAAUGGUACAGAAAAGGCGGUGAGAGCACUCCGAGAAAUGGACUCAGAAACACCUUGGCCCGAGGACGGUCUCGAAUUCAAUGCCGUGUGGGUUCGCGGGAUCAGCCUGAAAUGCGCCGAGUGGAAACUCCAGCUUCGCGACUUUCCGCAGCCGUUACUCCUGGUGGAAAACUUGAACGUGUGGGGCAGAUUGGCUGGCGCGGAAGCUCUGGCACCGCCGAGGGCAAAAAGGACUGUGAGAAUUGAAAUCGGCGCGCCAUGGGAGGAUAUAGUGGUAGAAAGAGGUAUGACGUCUCUCAAGUAUUAUCACGAUCUCAAUUGGGAUAUUGACAAGUUUAGAUAUGCGUUCGGUCCUUGCUGGGAGCCGGUGAUAGCGCAGUGUAAUCUCAGUUUCGAGAAGAUCCUUCAUCCGUCGAGGGACCCGAGCCCGCCGUUACCGUUCUGGGAUAAAAUGCGAUUGGCCCUUCACGGUAGGCUGACGCUCUGCGUGAAACAGCUGACGGUAUUGUUGCACGGCUCUCUAGACCCGUACAACACGACGGAGGAGAUGGAGCUUACAUGGACCGGAUUAGAGCUCGAUUGGACGCAAGGGAAGAUAAUCGUUAAAGGUGAUCUCGACGUGUACGUGCGCACUGCUAGCAAAUACGACGAUUGCCGACUACUACACUUGCCCAACGUGAGAUUGAGCGUUAAACUAGCCUGGGUAUGCUUAGGCGAUCCGCGCGAUCAUCACGCCGCUAUACCCUGCGCCCCGGACCGCUUGCCCGAGUACUCGAGUAAUCAGGAGCACGAUUCGUUUAGGGCGUUCCGCUCGCAAAACCUCAACGUCAGCCUCUCGUUGGAGACGAAGCCGACUGGCUCGCCUACCCUGACCAGUGCGCCAACGGCGCUGCUCUACGGCAGCACGUUGAGAUGGUUCGAGAAUCUUAAGUUAAUUCUGUCGGGCGCGACGAGACCGACGAGAAAGGGCCCGCUGUUCAAAAAUAUCCGGCCGAGGAAGAAACAGCUCAGUAGACAUUACAGGAAGGUUCGGCUGACCUUGGCCUUCCACCGUUUCCACGUAAACUACUGGAUGUCGUUCGCGAUGCAGCGUGGCUUUGAGGUGACCGGAGGUCGAGUCGCCUGCAGUUCGGAGCACAAUCUCGCCCUGCAUCCGAUCGACGACGGGCUGAUCCAUCGGCCGCGAGCGGAAUGGUCCAUCGUCUACAUGAACUGCGAGCUGAGCGACGCCGAGAUUUGGCUGAAGAGCGCCCUGCAGGAAGACGAGGUGGAGAGCGCCUCGCUGCGUCAGCCGGUCGAGAAGUGUUACUGCUUGAGCGUGGCGCGCGUCAGUUACGGCAGGGAAGCGAUGGUCGCCGGGGUGAGCGGCGACACGCCGAUUCAUCGAUUGGUCGUGCACGACCUACGCGGCGCCUGGACCAAGACCAAUCGUGACGUUGCCUUCGCUCUCUUCGACUCCUUCAUCAAGACUCAACAACUCAAGAAGAAUCUAUCGACCGCAGCCCUCAAAGGUUUCCACAGGGAACCCCCCAACAGCUCGACAACGCACAAGAAUCGUGCGAUCACCAUGAGACCGAGCGUGGUGUCGGUAGUCGAUCAACAGGUGGUGGGCGUCGGCGUCGGCGUCGGUGUGGGCGUUGGAGUUGGAGUCGGCGUUGGCGUCGGAAUCGGCGUGGGCACCUCCACAGGUGGUGGUGGUGUUGUUGCUGAUGACCAGGUCGUAACAACGCCAGGAGGCUCCUCCUCCGUCGUGAAGAAACCGCAGCAAGGCGAGGCGGCGGGAAUGCUGCAGAGACUGAUAGCAGAGGCCGGGAACAAACCGGUGGCUUUCAGCGACGAUUUGUCGGUGCAAACUAGGGGACACCAACUGCGCGGGCUAGCGGCAUGUCAUCAGGACGACGUCUUGCACAAAAACUGGCUGAUCGCUUUGGUAAACAGCCAAGUACUGUUGAAGGGCAUUGAAACCCGCGGCUACGUCAUUCUCUCGGCGGCUAAAGCAGAAAUACUACAAAGAGUUCAUUCGCCGGUCUGGAAGGAGCGAUCUCUUGUUUCGAAAACAACUUGGGUUGGCUCGUUGGAAUGCAUGCAAUAUUACGCUACUGUAAGCGCAAACAUCGACGACAAUCUCGACGAUAAUAUCAUGUGGUUGACAUUGGAUAAUAUACAAGAGAAAGAUUCCACUAUCAUAGCCGGCUUGCCGGAUGUCCCGGCUCUAGUAGGAUCUGGCCAAAGCGUCGGCGGUGUGGUCAGUCAGACGGUGGGAGGCGGUGGCGGCCCUCAGCAUCAAUUGCAACGCAUAGUGUCCCGAUGCAAGUGCGAAUUUUUCUACGUUGGUUACGGUCAGACCUUAGAUGUGGGCUCUGUCGAUCAAGUGCCAGCUCCGCCCGGGGAAGAGGUCAGCCCAUGGGAGAGGAAGGAUCUAACCGCGGCCGACGCGUUUACCUUGAUGCAUCAUGAUCUAGAUGUAUGCACCAAUUCGUUACAAUACGCUAUGAUUCUAGACAUAGUCAACAAUUUGCUGCUAUAUGUGGAACCGAGGCGGAAAGAGGCUUCGGAAAGGUUGCAAAGGAUGAGAUUCCAGUUGCAAUUGCAUUCCGUCGAAGAUCAAAAGAGGCCGAUACAACAAUUACAAAAUACAGUGCGCGGCUUGAUGGCGAAAUUGAGACGGUUGGAACGCGAGACGUAUUUGGUGCAAAAAGCAUUGGCCGACGAGUCCAGUCCGGAAUUACUCACGGAGAUGGAACGCUUGGAAGCGAGCGUAUUUGAAUGCAAGGAACAACUUGGCGCCAAGGCGGAGGAAUUGGACGUUAUGUUAAGUUGUUACAAAGAAACUACCGCGCCAGCGGCCGCGUCGACUACACUCAAGGACAAGCCAGCCGCGGUGGCCAGAGUAGCUGAGAUUUGCUUUAAACACGCGCAAUGGAGGCUGACGGAUGCGGACGGUCAAUUGGGUAUCGCCGAUCUUAUUUUAACCAAUUUUCUUUAUACGAAAACUAGCAAGACCGAUGACUCGGUGGAACAUCUGUUGGAACUAGGAUACGUCCGGAUGACGAAUUUACUACCGAAUCAAAUUUAUACGGAAGUACUUGUACCUACGGAACUGCAAAGUAAUAUGCCUGUAGAUCGACAAAGAGCUCUUCGAGUCUUUUGCAGGGAAAAGGCGCCGGUCGCAGGAAUCUCCGUCAAAGAACACUUUGAGAUCAAUGUAGUACCUCUUACGAUAGGUUUGACGAAAAAAUUCUUCAAUACUAUGCUUAAAUUUUGCUUUCCCGAGCGCGAUCCGGAAGGCAUAGAGGAAGCACCAGCGCCGCAACGUGAUUCCUCCUUUUACGUGCCUAUCGAGAGAAGAGACGACGUGGAAAAAAUGAAGGAAAGAGCUGAUAAGAACAAAUUGUUUAUAUACAUAAAGAUACCGGAAGUACCUGUUCGCGUAUCGUACAAGGGAAAUAAAGAAAAAAACCUUGAAGAUGUACGUGACUUUGCGCUGGUCAUACCAACUUUAGAAUACCAUAAUGUUACAUGGACAUGGCUCGACCUGCUUUUGGCGAUGAAGAGCGAUUCCAGACGUGUAAUACUGAGCCAAGCUAUUAAACAAAAACUGCAAAUAAAACCAAGGGGACCACCUGAGGAAUCUACGCCGCAGGAAGAAGACAAAGCUCGCCUUUUGUUAGGUACCAGACAUCUUCCUGGGGACGCGAAAAAAAAGAGCAUGUUUAAAUUUAAAUAAUUUAUACAUCUGAUGACUUACGUAACCAUAGUAAUUUAUUUGUUGUGGUAUUGAUAAAUGUUACUUUGCAAAUCACGUGUUUAUCACCCAAUUAUAAAUUGUACAAAUAAUUUUUCAAUUAUACGUAUAAUGUAAAAUACAUGUAA